AUGGAAGCAUACAACACCUGGAACGCCCGAAUGGCACCUGCCACCUCCAUGAACGACGAAGCGCGCACCCUGCUCCAAAACUACACCGGACUCGCCCCCUCCCUACUUUCAUCCCACGUCCAAGCAACCGCCAAGCGCGGCUUCACCAUCGCACCCUAUCCCUACUUCAGCAAGCUCUGGUUCGUCGACUUUGAGAUCGCCUUGUCGCCCGCGUACGGGGAGAUUCUGAGGCGGGUGGUAAACGGCGAGAGGAUGCUGCAUCUGGGGUGUGGGGUAGGGCAGGAUAUCAGACGGAUGGUGUACGACGGGGCGCCGAGCGAGAAUCUCUGCGGGCUGGAUCCUCAUCGUGGUCUGGCUGAGUUAGGCUAUGAGUUGUUUCGAGAUGAGGAUGAGAUGAGGAGUUCUUUUAUAGUGGGGGAUUUCAUGCGGGAUGGAUUGGUGGACAGUCUGCUGGAGGAGGGGAAAUUCCGCGUGAUCAAUGCUGGGUAUUUUUUGCAUGUGUGGGACUGGAAGAGUCAGGUUGAGCUCGUGAAGCGUAUGCUGAAGGUUCUCCCCGGGAUGAAGGGCGACCUCAUCGUCGGGGCGAAUUUUGCGCGAUGUGAGGCGAAGGAAGGUGUUGUGCCUGGCGGUGGGGCGGUGUUUGUCCAUACCCAUGAGACGUUGUUGGGAUUGUGGGAGGAGAUUGGACGGUGCACGGGGACGAGGUGGCUGGUAAAUGUGAACAAGGACGCGUAUCUUGAUCAUCAGAAGUUGGAUCGAAAUGGGUAUCGACUGCGGUGGUGUGCGAGGAGGGAGUAA